UCAUGUCAUUUUGGAUGUGUCUCGGAAUAUAAAAAUUAUUGCUAAUAAAAACUAACUAGACUGUAUACUAUAGUCAACGAAAAUAAAUGUUUAUGGCAUCUAUAUUUGUUGUAUUAGUUGUGUGAAAUUCUAAAUAAUAUACUGACAUUUGAUAUUAACCAAAUAUAUUUAGCCUAAAAACUGUUCUAUAUAAGUACAACAUUUGAAAUGAAUCUACCUGCUCUAUGUAUUGCAACAAGAAGAAUUUAUACUUCUACUAUAAACAAUCAAGUUAUAAGAAGAUCUAGGCUAAGAGUUGUAGAUAACAGCGAAAUUGGAAGGAAGGCUAUGCUUGAGGGAAAACCACCAUAUAUAUUUCACAUUUACAAUAAAGUAGGAGUUGGAUAUAUUGGUGAUAGGGUCUUGGUUGCUAUAAAAGGAGAAAAGAAAAAAGGAAUCAUUGUCGGUUUGAAACAGUAUCAAAAACCAAAAGUACCCAAAUUUGAUACAAAUAACAUAGUCCUUAUAGAUGACACUGGUAGUCCAUUAGGUACACGCAUUCAUGUGCCUAUUCCUCAUAUCCUAAGGACUAUAUUAAAAGAAAAGACACAUUCAAAAGGUGCAGACUAUACAAAAUUGAUUGCCAUUGCUUCAAGAUUUAUAUGAAUCGUUAUUAAUUAAUUUGUUAAUUUAAGACUCAAUCUGUACAUUGAACAUUAUUUAAUAAAUAUUUACUCUUUGUAAUAUCAUUUUUUGUUAUUAUAUUGAAUUGUAAUUAAAACUGUAACUCAGACUUUAAAACAAAUAUUUCAUUAAACAAA